AUGGGUAGUACUCCCGUACUGAACUCGGGUCGAGUAGAGGGCUGGCUCCACUCAUACGAUAGACCGUGGGAUGGGGUACACCCGAGCCACACUCUAGCUUAUGCUCCUAUAGAAACGAGAAGUACCGCCCCAGAGCCUCAACCGAUCGAUCCGCCCGCAACAAAUCUAGGCUCUCGCGCUGCCGAACGUGAAUCUGGACUUUGGGAGCGUGUUAGUCACAUUACCAAUGCUUUGGAUUCCAGAAAUACUACGCUCGACCCCAAUAUCGGCAACAUCAGCUAUCCCUCUCACACCAAUAUCGGCAACAUCAGCUAUCCCUCUCACACCUUAACAGCAUUAUCUUCGGCCGGAUUCGAAACACAUUAUCAUAAUACUCUAUCUAGUUCAUAUACUACCAGGCGUACAGCGGACGGGGGUGCAACGAAUGCUCCAAACCGGCGCGGAAAGGGUUCUGGUAGAGCGAGGCGCGGCAGGGCCGGCGUUACAAAUAAUUCGCGGCGAACGGGGGCGGUGCUGUCUCGGGGUGCCAGCGACGACGAAAAAGACGAAGAGGACGAUCAGGAUGAGAGAGAGAAAGCCCAGCAUAACCUGAGAAGACAUCCUCCAAAAACGUGCCACUGCGGAAGGAAGUAUAAGGAUACUCGACAGGCCGAGUUGGAGCACAUGCAGACAUGUUCCGGUCAAGCAAAUAACCCGGAUCCAGAUCAACCUCAACCCAAUGCGAAGACUGUGCGGUGUCGAACUUGGUCCGAAUACUUUAAAAAGGACCAUGGCUCCGAUUUGUCCAUCCAUCCACUCGCAGAAACCUAUAUCAAAUUUAGUGAAGCCAUGCCCGAGAUUUCCGAAGCCUUCGCAUCCUUCGCCCAAAAGGAUGAGGGAGCAGCAGCGUUGAGGCAGCGUUUUCUUGAGUCACCGGAAUUCCAGAAAUUUAUGGCGGGUAACGAGGUUAUGAACCAAUUCAACCCUAAACAUCCUCUUUACGAUCAUUGGGAUAUAGGGGGAAUUGUUUGGAGGAUUUCGUGGUUUCCUCGUCACCCCAACGACCCCGCCCCUGCAUCGGCGGCAAACGAAGCCUCUAUGAAUCUACACCAGAACCUAUCUUUUGAGGCAUCUGGUCAAUCUUUUGCGGCCCCCGGCUCUGCUGCGGCCCCCGGCUCUGCUGCGGCCCCUGGCCAAUCUGUGGUGGCCUAUGGUGACUUGGAAGCAGAACAUCCUCUGGUUCAGGGCGGUCAGCCUCGCCCAGCUGAGAACCCACUGUCUCCACCCUCCCUCCCGGGGUAUUCCUGGCCUGAAACGUCCUCAAGGAAUGAUGCCUUUGCUACUUUUCCUCCUCCGGUAGCAGAUAAAAUCUUGAGCUCCCACCAGUUCUCAGAUUCUCGCCAGCCUUCAGCCUACAAUCAUGCAUAUACAGCUGGCGGGUCUCACGCCCAACCGGGAAUAUCCAAUGUGAAUGGAUUGUUCCCAACACCCCUAGUACCGCCACGCGAAGAACCCGAUCCAACAAGGGACGGCUCUCGGCUUCCCGGUCCGUCACCUGCACGUGACUACUCUAGCAGUAAUCGGGCCUCAGGUCGUUAUCGAACUCAACAGAGUGCCGUGCUCGGCCCUCAUAAUCAGAACAGCAACACCCCUACUUACCGCCCAAACCCGACCAAUUUUGCCUCACUAGACCCGCGGAGUCAACGGGGGGCGAAUAAGAUUGGCGUGCCACGGAGUAGACAGCACGGCAGCCCGAGUCAACCGGCCAGCCAGAGGCACAAUCGUACAGGCUACACUCCAACCCAGUUGCAGAAAAUUCAUCACAACAUGCAAACUCGUCACUUGGAAAAUGCUUUCUCUUCGGCGAGGAAUGGUCAAGGGACUCCUGACAUUUCUCAAUUUCAAGCUGGUACGGGUAUUGAAGAAGACUUACUAAGAAUGGGGAUGCGGGUAGAUCAGAGCUUAUAUCCCGAAAGACACCCCCCGACAUCAAGCAACAGGGAAUUUGCACAUAACGACAAUUUCUCCGGGGCCGACUCUCAGCCCUACGAGCCGCGUGAUUUCACUACCCAGUCAUUCCCUCCGAGAGAGGAUACUCAGAUGGCUUACUGUCAAGUCGUCAAGGAGAGAUGGUCCUACGAAUUCGAUAAAAGCACAGACAGAGCCGGAUACAAUUUUGGCUCUUAA